AUGUCCAACACAACUGGGCGAGGUGGCAUGUUUGUGAAUGGACGCCCGCUCCCGGAGGUCAUCCGGCAGAGGAUCGUGGACAUGGCGCACCAGGGCGUACGACCUUGUGACAUCUCCCGCCAGCUGAGGGUCAGUCACGGCUGCGUCAGCAAGAUCCUGGGCAGGUAUUAUGAGACGGGCAGCAUUAAACCAGGAGUCAUUGGGGGCUCAAAGCCGAAAGUGGCGACUCCUAAAGUGGUGGAGAAGAUAGCGGAGUACAAGCGUCAGAACCCGACCAUGUUUGCGUGGGAGAUCAGAGACCGACUGCUGGCCGAGGGCGUUUGUGACGGUGACACUGUGCCCAGCGUCAGCUCCAUCAACAGGAUUAUUCGCACAAAAGUUCAACAGCCAUUCAACCUUCCUCUGGACAGUAAAGGCCUCAGUCCUGGACAUACACUGAUUCCCAGUUCAGCCGUCACUCCUCCAGAAUCUCCUCAGUCGGACUCUCUAGGCUCCACCUACUCCAUCAGCGGCCUGCUGGGAAUCCCACAGACCAACGCUGAGGGCAAGAGGAGCCGCGAUGACAGUGAUCAGGAGAGCUGUCGGCACAGUGUGGACUCUCAGGGCAGUGGCAGCGGACCCCGGAAACAGUUGAGGACCGAACACUUCCCUUCCCAGCACCUGGACUGUGGCUUUGAGAGGCACCACUACAGCUCCGACACAUUCAGCCAGACCGUGGCCGGCAAAACAGAGCAGUCACUCUAUCCUCUCUCGCUCAUCAAUGGCAGUUUGAACGAGGGUAAAAGUGCUUCAGCUAUCAGUCGAAACCUGGCAGCACAUCAGGGAUACACAGUGGUUACAGAAGCUCUACAGCCCCUCCCACUCUGUUUGAAACAGGAAAUGUCACCUGAGGUGAACAGCUCAAGCCCCUCCCCCAACAUCAUCGCUAAUUCAGCCUUCCUGGAGCUCACUUCCAUUUCGGCUCCGUCAUCAGUGCCCAUCGCUAACAGCUGCAGCAAUGCCACUCAUUUAUCUCAUGGCUUCAACUCAUUUUCCCAUCAUGCCCCAGUGCACGGGCAGUUCAGCAGCCCGCCGCUCAUUGCAGGCAGAGAUGUUGCGAGCUCAAUGCUGCCCGGUUAUCCUCCACACAUCCCGUCGGCCACGCAGUCAGGCUUCUCGUCAUCCACCAUUACUGGGAUGGUAGCAGGGCCAGAAUACACGGGCCAGACCUACAGCCACACGCCAUACACUUCCUACAGUGACGCCUGGAGAUUCACCAACUCCAGCAUAUUAGGUUCCCCGUAUUACUACAGUUCAGCCGCGCGAGCGCCGCCUCCCUCCACCGCCGCUUAUGAUCAUCUCUAGUGCCGGACUUUUUACAGUGGAGUGUCCAAUGAAAGACACAAGGAGUGAAGAAAAACGAAAACAUAUUGACGGACAAUACCUUUUAUUGCCUGUAAAACUAUUUAUGUCCUUUGUUCAAGGCGCGAUUAAAGGCCACGUUUACAUCUUCAUCCACCAGUCAGAACAUUUCUUGCCUGUGUUUUUAUUUCUCUGCAGCCAAAUAGUUCUGCAAACUGUUUUCAUAUAGGCUAUUCAUGGACAGAAACCCUUUACGGGACAUAAGCGUUGUUUUUAGCAGCUGAAGCAUCUGAAGUGUAGCCUACACGGUCGACAAAUACUGCGAAACUGCAUCCACACAACUGAAUUAUAUAAAUUAAAAUGUUAUAAAUGAUUUUAACGGAACAUGAGAAACACCUUUCACUGAUUAAGAAAUGGAGUAAAUGCCAUUUUACGCACGUGACAUUUUGAUGUUGGAUUCGAGCUGAAUGAAUUGCUAUAGGAUGGGCUUCAUUGAUAUUCAUACAGCAAAUAUUUAAAACGACAUAUAAUAACACGAUGUUAACAAGCGGAUAUUUCUCUCUUCGAUGUGCCAUCCACCAAAUCCACAAAGAUUAUCAAAAACAUCACGGCUGCAUAUUCAGUCCAAACCAUUACAGUAGUUUAAUGUUUUGGGGCAAUAUGUAAAUAAUGUAGAGAUGGCA